UUUCUCUUUUCCUAUCUUUUUCUCUUUCUCUCGCUCUCACAGACACAAACACACACAACAGACAGACAAACCAACAUUUUCUCAGCUUCUGGCAUGAGCUCAUAUGUUGAUGGGAUUUUCAUUUGGGGAUCAUUUUGUAAGUGCUCUUAAACCUUCUCUCUCUCCAACCUAUUCCCUCAUAAAAUGGUAUUUGGAGAAUGUGUUAAUGGACCAAAAGGAGAGCGAGUUUCGCUUGAUAGAUGAAGCCAGUGCAACACAACAACAAAAUAGUAUCAUCAUGGAAGUUCAUCAUCUUCAAGGGGUUGAAAAAAGCACUGAUUUUUUCCCAGUUGAACACCCUAUGGAGCCACCAGAUGAAGAUCGUCCGGUAAAAUGCCCAAUGCCGGAGUCUUCCGUUAUUAAUGAUGAAAGGAUGCAUGAAAAGAGGUUUGCAGAAAGCUUAAAGAAGAGAACAGAAACAACAAGGGUCGUCGGAGAUGGGGAAAGAACAACUUCCAUGGAAGCAGAACCUCCAGCUCGAGGGGUACGAAAGAGGCAUCAUAACCUCACAAACGGAGGCGGAGAUCUUGUGAUGACUCCAUUGAUGAGAAUGCCACCUCUCCCUCCCCUACCAUCCCAGAAUAUCACCAUCUUUCAGGUGCUGCAACAGGUGGACAAGUUUGAGUCUUAACAGAGAAAUAAAUUCUAUCACAACAAUCCGUGAAACUAAGGAUGCAUUUUGGUUAUAAGCUGAGUAAGAUUCAAUAGAGCAAGAGGAAAAACGUUGAAGCAAGAUCCCAAGUAUUCAUCUUGUGUGGGUCGUGAAAAAAAAUGUACCUCGUUUUCUACUAUAUCCAGAUAUUUUUAUACUUCA